AUGAUUGGAAGCAACCAAUUGCAUACUGUUUUUAUCAAUAAUAGCUGUACAGGAAUUCAUCUUCAAAAUACCAUAUUCGCCGUAAUCAGUCGUAUCCAAAAAACAUCACUUAAAAUUAAAGUAUUAACAAGCGACCAAGGGUCAAAUUUUACUAGUUUUUCCAAAACAAUGAAUGUUUCAUGUGAACGUCCAUUCUUCUUUGUUAAUGGGCAAAAAAUAUUUUAUGUAUUUGAUGUGCCACAUUUACUAAAGUCAACAAGAAAUAAUUUUUUCAAGUAUCGUUUAACUUUUUUAAAUGGUACAACGGAGAAAAAAUUUCUUGUUGACUUUUAUAAAUCGGACCAAGGCAUAAAUAGGCUUGCGCCCAAAUUAACUGAAACACACAUCAAUCCGGGACCGUUUCAAAAAAUGAAGGUGAAAUAUGCAGCCCAAGUUUUCAGCAACACAGUUGCAGCAACAAUGCAAUGCUGUGUUCAAGUUGGUUCACUGCCUUUAACUGCUGAAACUACCAUAACAUUUAUUGACCAUAUGGACAAAUUGUUUGACUUAUUGAAUUCAAAAAAGAAAUCUGGUAGUAAAAAUUUUAAUCGACCAUUUAAGAACACGGCUAAACAGAGAGAACAUUUACUCCAUAUGCUCGAAGUAUUUAAAAACAUGAGAGUUCUGGAUACCAAGAAAGUCGAUGGAGAAACUGUAAUAAUUGAUGUUACAAAACGAAUGAAAUUUUUGAAUGGUUGGAUGAUAACAAUUAGUUCGUUAUUAAUGUUGUGGGAUGACAUAACCAAAACACCGAAUUUUGUGUUAUGCUUUUAUAGAUUUAAUCAGGAUAUCAUUGAAAAUCUGUUUGGAGUAUUUCGAAAUCAAAACGGCAAUAAUGUCAAUCCCACUCCAAUACAGUUUCUAUGGGCUUUUAAAAAAAUAUUUUUUGUCAAUUAUUUCAAACACUCCGAAGGAUCAAAUUGCUUAGAAGAUCUUAGUGAAAUUUUAACUACUAUUGGGCAUAUUUCACCACCGUUGAACAAUUCAUGUGUGCUAUUUCCAGACAAAUCUCCUUUUAAUUUUUGUAAUUUAAAAAUAGGUACCACUGAUUACAGAGAGUUAAACGUUCCUGCCCAAAAUGCCCUUACGUAUGUAUGUGGCUACUUGAUAAAAAAAUAUAUAGAUAAACAUAGCUGUGAUAUAUGCCUAAAAUUAUGCUAA